CAGCUUUUUAGACUUCGUCUGGUAUUCGAUUCGUGCUUAACAAAAUGUCGAUUGCAGCUGCGUUUAAGGAUCAGGAAAUCUUUUUGACCGGCGGCACGGGGUUCGUUGGCAAAGCGCUGAUCGAGAAACUUUUGCGCUCUUGUCCGUCGCUGGGCAGGAUCUAUGUGCUGUUGCGUCCGAAGAAGGGCGUUCCCAUCGAGCGGCGUUUGGAGGACUUGCUCAAUUCGAAGCUCUUUGAGCGCCUGCGCCGCGAACAGCCCCAAACAGUGUCCAAGGUUGUGCCCAUUGCCGGGGACUGCAUGAAGCUGGGUCUGGGCAUUAGCGACACGGAUCUGGCCAAGCUAUCCAACGUCACUGUGGUCUAUCAUUCGGCUGCCUCUGUGCGCUUUGAUGAUCCCUUGGGCUCCGCCAUUUUGCUGAACACUCGGGGCACGCACGAGCUGGUCAAGCUCGCUCUGCACUGGAAACAGCUGAAGGCCUUCAUUCACGUCUCCACAACCUACUCGAAUCCAACGGUCAUCGAUGUCGAGGAGCGCAUCUAUCCGCCCUACGCGGAUUGGCGCACGACAAUCAAACUAGCUGAGACCUACGAUGGGGAAACUUUAGAUAUUUUCAAUAUGAAGUAUAGCGACUUUCAACCAAACACGUAUACCUUCACCAAAAGUCUGGCCGAGCAUGUGGUCAAUGACUACAAGGAUCAGCUACCCAUCCUCAUAUUCAGGCCCUCAAUCGUCAUCUCGACGCUGGAGGAGCCCGUGCCUGGUUGGGCGGACAAUUUCAAUGGACCCACCGGCAUGUUGGUCGCUUGUGGCGUCGGCAUCUUACGCUCCCAAAAUUGUGAUCCCUACAUUGUGGCCGACUUUGUGCCCGCCGAUGUGGUCGUGCGCGGUCUCAUCAUAGCCGCUUACAACUAUUUGAAGACGCCGCCUGCCAAAGACAAGCCCAUCGAUGUGAUCAAUUGCGCCAUGGCUAGUAUCGCACCCAUUACCAUGGGCAAUGUGAUAGACAUUGGUAAGAGGUAUAUACGCCAGAAUCCGUUCGAGAAAACGCUCUGGCUGCCAGGUGGGAGCAUUACGUUAUGUCCUGUGCUACAUUUUGUUCGGUUUAUAACAAUGCACAUUAUGAUGGCCGUUGUGGUGGACACGUUACUGCGUUUGUCUAAUGAGAAGCCUUUCCUUCUGAAGCUGCAGCGCCGCAUCUUUGCCGCCUUUGCUGCUCUGAAGGUAUUUGCCAACACUGAAUGGCAUUUCGAAAAUGCAAAUUGCCUUGCUCUGCACGAGGUCGUGCCCAUAGAUGAAGUACCGACCUUUGGCUUCCUUCAGCAUAUGAACGUCAAUUAUGUGGACUUCUUUCAGAAUGGCAUACGCGGCGCCAAGGAGUUCCUGCUCAAUGAGAGUCCCGAUAGCAGCAGCAAGGCACGUUUUCGUAUCAAAAUCUUCUAUGUUUUGGACUAUUUGCUUCGCGCCAUAGUUUAUGGAUUUUUGCUGCGUCUCGUUUAUCGUUACGCAGUGCGCGUUCUCUUGCCCCUUCAAGCAAUGGCCACCACACAGCAAUAUUCGUUGCGCUGGAAUAACUAUUUGAGACAUUUGACCUAUUCACUGGACAAUCAUCGGCUGAACGAUGAUUUUGUCGAUGUCAGCCUGUGCGUGGAUGGGCGCAGGAUCAAGGCCCAUAAAGUGGUGCUCAGCUCUUGCUCGUCCUACUUCAAGGAGAUAUUCAAAGAGAAUCCACAUCCGCAUCCAGUCAUUAUAUUUAAGUUUAUCAAAUUCGAAGAUCUCAAUUCCAUAGUCGAGUUUAUGUAUCAGGGCGAGGUGAACGUGCAGCAAGAGGCGCUGCAAUCCUUUCUACAAACUGCCGAGCUGCUCGCCGUACAGGGCCUCACAGCCGAAGAGAAGGAGAAGCCGCAAAUGCCGGUGGUCCCGCUCAUUAGCGAACAUAAGCUCAUCAAAACGAUACCCAGCACAAUACGCGCCGUCAAUGAACAGCAGCAGCAGCAGCAGCAGCAGCAACAUCAACAACAGCAACAACAUCAACAGCAGCAGCAACAUCAACAGCAGCAGCAGCAGCAGCAGGUGACUGUUGCAGGCAAUACCCAAACGAUCGAAAUACCAACGGCCACGCUGUUGCAGGCAACGGCAACGGCAACGCAAGUACAAACGCAGGUGGCUGCUGUUGCGGCUGCUCAACUGCAGGUGCAGCAAACCCAACAGCAACAGCAGCAACAACAGCAGCAACAGCAGCAGCAUCAUCAUGUACAAAGCACCCAGAUACAGCACAUUCAAGUUCAGGCAGCGCCGCCUCAGCAACAACAGCAACAGCAGCAGCAGCAGCAGCAGCAACAGCAGCAGCAGCAGCAGGCUGCAGCGCAGGCGCAGCACCUAACUAUCACCAACACGGUGUCGCUGCCAGCAGCGAAUACCGUUAAGAAACGAAAGAUCACCUUCUCCGAUGAUGAUGACAACAUCUACACCACCGAAACGGUCGACUAUGCCGUCAAGGACGAACAGACCAUUGUGAAAACUGCGGAGAUGACAUUUUUGCGCGGCGCCGUUAAAAUGGAUAUACCCGAUUAUAUAGUUAGCGAGGUGGACGAUCGACUGUCAGAUGGCGCGACGCCGCAAACGUCCCAGGACGCAACGACAGCGGCUGCACAGACUGUCGCCCAAUACUCAUCCGAAUACGAGAUUCUGACCGAGUCCGAAAUCGAGGAGAAGUAUCAAGCGGAUCCCGACAAUGCAGAUAUCGCCAUCGAGAUGACUCGCCUGCUGGGCACUGAGAGCGGCGCGACGGCCACAGCCACCGCCCAGGCGGUGCUCGAGGAUCCAAGUGCCCCGACGUCAGGUGCCACAACCACCGUCUCCGUGACGCCUGUGAAAACGGACAGCAAAGCCAGCGGCACGAAUGCUGUGGCCACCGUGGAGGACAGCUCGCCCGCGGGAGUUGCGCUCAUCUGCAGCUUCUGCAAGCGGCGGCUGCAGUCGAUGAAUGCACUGAGGCGGCACAUUGCCUCGCGGCACUCGGAGAUCCAGAGUAAGGAGUACGAGUGCUUCAUAUGCAUGAAGAACUUCAAGACCAAAUGGUCCCUGUCCACGCACAAUUCGCGCUUUCAUCGUGAUGCGCGCAGCAGCAAGGAGCUGACCAAAAUCGAGUUUGCGGAUCAGUAGCUAAGCUAAGCUCAU